UAGCUAACCGGAUUGGGCUAAUGCAAGACCAAGGAAGGCCUUACUUUCUUGAUUAGAUAAUGACAAGAGUGGUGCUCUAGAACAGUCCUAAAGAGAUCGAAAUUCCUUGUCUCGAGACCGAAGUCAUCAACACCAAAGGAGACUACAAAGACAAGCAAAGGCGAGCAAAAUAACCUUCUUCCAUCUUUCAUUAUCAUCUGUCUCGAAUGCUGACAUCCUUUAUCUCGAACUUGAAAAAUUCCGCACGAAGGCGAUUCACAUCCUUUCAACACACGACCUAUCCACUGGCGUGGGCAGCGGCACGGCAUCUAUAUAAGACCAGGUGAAGCCCCCGUCCCUUACCGUUGAAUCAUCAGCCUUUCAGACCUCAAACCAGUCCUGGGAGUAUACCCUAUAUACCCGUGAGUACUCGUCUUGAGAUUUUUUAAAGCAGAUAACCCACGCCGUGAUGUCGUCUAACACCGCCGAAAUGGAAUUGCCUACCCCGGAGUUCUACGUCUAUACGUAUGCUUGUGGGCAUAAGCAGAUAAUCACCGUGUCGGACGACACGGACGAUGAGACUCCACCUCCGGCUGACUUCGAUUGGGCGACCCUCGAGCCGCGCCUGGCCGAGGCAUUUCGGCUGCUCCGAGAACGCUUUCCGGAAGCCCCUCCCUUUUACGGUUUCUGCCGCGCGGGAUCCCUGGUUCAGUGCUAUCGAGAACUCUGGCCCGACGAGAGCCUGGACGGGGACACCCUGGUCUUUGGAAUGGCUCAAUCCUACGAUGACACCGAUCCGGAGGAGGAGCCGCUCUUCACCUUCGACUUGAAGUUUAACGACGAGAGCUUGUACCAAUGGACUCGGCGAUGGGUGCCUUAUAAUAAGGAGCCCCUGUUUCCACCCAGCGUCGCCAGAGACCUCGGGGUGAAGAUCAGGGUGGAGUCGUUGCCGUGGGAGUUCUAGGCCCCGGGGAUCCCCCAUUUCCCAUCUUUAAGGUGACAGUCCUGAGAAUGCUUAGGCAUGAACGGAAUCUGUCCUUUCAAUCUAUACUUUACAAUAAAUCGCAAAC